AUGGAUGAGAUGGAUGGAUUCAACCUGAGCGGAGCGGAGAACCUAAGUUCUCGUGGUGAGAGAAACUUCACCUUCGAGGACAUCGACGUGAGCGCGGACGGCUCCCCCAUCCUCAGGAUAUCCAUAUCCGUGGUGUACUCUAUAGUUUGCGCGGUGGGUUUGGUGGGCAACUUGCUCGUUUUUUUCCUUAUGAGGCUGCGACAAGGUCGAAAGAGAUCCGCCAUUAAUUUUUUCAUCAUCAACUUGGCGGUGACAGACUUCCAGUUCGUCCUGACGCUUCCCUUCUGGGCCGUGGACACCGCGCUGGACUUCAGCUGGCCCUUUGGAGACGCCAUGUGCAAAAUCGUCCUGUCUGUCACGGUGAUGAACAUGUACGCCAGCGUGUUCUUCCUCACGGCCAUGAGCGUGACCCGCUACCUGUCCGUCGCCUCAGCCCUGAAGAAGAAAGCGCACAGGAGGUCGCGGUGCGUAAAGUGGGUGUGCGCGGUCCUGUGGGUCGCGGCCACACUGGCCACGGCUCCCACGGCGAUCUUUUCCGCUGUGACAGUCAUUGCUGGUGAAAAACUCUGCCUCCUCAAGUUUCCAGAAGGACACGAUUGGCUGGCACUUUACCACAUCCAGAAAAUACUGGUCGCGUUUGUUAUCCCGAUGCUCAUAGUGUCGGUGAACUAUCUGAUGCUGCUGCGCUUCGUCAGACGGAAGAGCAUGGACAGCAGCAACCCCAAACGGAGAUCCAGAGUCACCAAAUCUGUCGCUAUUGUUGUUUUGUCUUUUUUCUGCUGCUGGAUGCCAAAUCAGGCCAUUACCUUCUGGGGCGUUUUGGUCAAAUUUAACGCAGCCAACUGGGACACAUCAUAUUACACGGUGCACACCUACGUGUUCCCUGUCACCGUGUGUUUGGCGCACACGAACAGCUGCCUGAACCCGGUUCUGUACUGUCUGAUGAGGCCGGAGAUCAGGAAAAUGUUGAGCAGUUUGUUUUGGAGAGUCUCCACGCCACCCGCCAACAAAGGCUGCACGACGCGCUCCAUUACGCACGGCGAAAUCCAGGGAGUCGUGCCUAUCCAGAUCAUGGACAACGCUCAGUACACGCUUUCCAUCAUAGACCGGAAAGGUUUAUCCGCCUCUAAAACGACCCCGUAUCGCUGAGUUCAGUCUGCAGGGGAGCACAUUGCCUUUUCCUGCCGUAGUUGUUCGAUUUUGUCCGCCAUCGCUCGUGCGUAAAGUUUGAGCCAGCGCUCCAAUUUGGACAAUUUAAGGCUGCACAUGCAGAUUUGUUUAUUAUCACGGGUUUUUGUGUGAUUGGUGUUUUUUUUUAAACAACAGGCGCAAUGCAUGUGAUCAACGUUGUGUGGAGUUGGUUAUAUUCCUACAACAAAUAUCUCACUGAUCCAUCAGAUGGAAUACAUUUCGUGGACUUUUGUUUCCUUGCGCUGCUUCAAUAUGCAACUGCAUGUAGUUUAUUUUUCCCCCAAAUUCUUAGAAUAUGUUUGCCUUCACUUAAGAGUAAAGAGACAUGAAUUGAAGAUCCCGAUGUCUGUAACUGGAAUUUAUAAAGGACGUUGAGAGAUGCACGGACUUCCACUGUGAUCCUAUGAUCAAUUAUGCUUUUGGUUAACGCUGAAAUGUCCCCCUUCAUGUCCACUUUGUAAAGCCUGUCUGUAAAUAAAAUGCUUUUUUUUAUUUUAUUCUAAUUUAUCUGAGACCAUAUACUGGUUCAUUUUUCUCCCUACAAAGUACAUUUACUUCAUAAUUUCAAUCGCAGUUCAAUGAGUAUUUUUCUGUAUGUAAAGAGCAUAGAUGUAUUAUGUAUGUCUAUAUUUUAUGUACUGUGAAUUUGAACACAACUGAACGUGCAAAGAUGCGAUAUUAUAUGUUUUCUCACAUUAUUGAAGUUUACACUUGAGAUUUCUCGUCUCAGUAAAAAAUGUAAGUGCAGUCAGUGUGUCAUGUUGUGAGAGCAAAGCGUGCAGAAGCAAAUACAAACAACAAACUCGACCGCAUGGAGCCGUGCGGUAUACAAAACAACCUCAAAUCUAUUUUUCACUAUGUGCAUCACAGUCAAACACU